AUGCGGAAACUGAAAUACCACGAGCAGAAGCUCCUUAAAAAGGUGAACCUGUACGACUGGAAGAGGACGCGAAAUGUACGGGAAGUGAAAGUCUUGAGGAAGUACGUAGUUCAAAAUAGAGAGGAUUACACCAAGUACAAUAAAAUAUGUGGAUACAUAACAAAGUUAGUGUCCAAAUUACGAUUAUUACCAGACAAUGAUGAAUUUAGAAUAAAGAUGACAAGUGAGUUGUUAGACAAGUUAUACGACAUGGGUGUAAUAAAUUGCAAGUCGAGUUUAGCUGAGUGUGAGAAAAUCUCCGUUUCCUCCUUUUGUAGAAGGAGAUUAGCUGUAAUUUUGUUCAGGCAAAAAUUUGUUCAAACCAUACAGUUAGCCAUUACGUACAUUCAGCACGGAAAUGUACGCGUAGGAAAUAACGUAAUUAACAAUCCAGCUUUUCAUAUUAACAGAAAUUUAGAAGAUCAUAUUAAGUGGGCCGAUGGGUCCAAAAUUGUGAAACACAUACAGAGGCAUCAGAACAAUCGGGACGACUAUGAGCUCCUUGGCAAUUGA